AAUCUAUGCUUCUUCACUCGCCAGCAGCAGCAGCGGCUCUGGGAUCAGUGGAGAUGGGCUGAGGCUGAGAGGACAGACCCAACAACACCGAGACCGACCGCCCGUUGAGUAGGAGUUACACUCGGGAUUUUUUUUUUCGGGUCCCGCUUGCCCCCACUCCUCUCCACUCCCGGCCCCAGCAGGCCAGGGCAUGUCCCGGCGGCGAGAUGCCUUACGUGGACCGACAGAACCGCAACUGUGGCUUCCUGGACAUCGAGGAGAACGAGAGCAGUGGCAAGUUCCUGCGCCGUUACUUCAUACUGGACACGCAGCAGGGAAGCUUGGAUUGGUUCAUGGACAACCCACAGAACCUGCCUGUUGGUACAGACUGUGUUGGCUCCCUCAAACUCACCUACAUCUCUAAGGUCAGCGACGCCACCAAGCUGAGGCCUAAGGCAGAAUUCUGCUUCGUCAUCAACGCUGGGAUGAGAAAGUUCUUCCUGCAGGCCAAUGAUCAGCAGGACCUGGUGGACUGGGUCAACGCUCUCAAUAAAGCCACCAAGAUCACUGUGCCAAAGUUGCCUGAUGGGCAGCAGAAUGCAGAGAACCAGAAGGCUUUACCGGAUGUUGUAGGGCCCAAAAAACAAGCCUCCUAUAAGACAGAGAUCAUUGGAGGAGUCCCCAUCGUCACCCAAACCCAGCAUGACGGAGGUGAAGGUGCAGGCAGAAUGGAGCGUGAGGCCAUGCAUCGAUCCCACAGCCAACUGCCGUACUUCCUGGGCAGGCCGACUCAGGAGCACACCGUCAUCAAGUCGGGCUACUGCGUCAAGCAGGGGGCGGUGAUGAGGAACUGGAAACGGCGAUAUUUCCUUCUGGAGGAAAACUCAAUGAGUUACUUCAAGUCCGAUUUGGAGAAGGAGCCGCUGAGAAUGAUCCCACUGAAGGAAGUUCACAAAGUCCAUGAGUGCAAACAGAGUGACAUCAUGAUGAGAGAUAAUCUGUUUGAAGUCGUCACCACAUCCAGGACGUUUUACAUACAGGCGGACAGCCAAGAGGAGAUGCACAGCUGGAUUAAGGCUGUCUCGGGGGCCAUUGUGGCCCAGCGGGGGCCUGGGAGGUCUGCUGCCACAAUGCGGCAGGCCCGCCGGCUGUCGAACCCCUGUAUACAGAGGUAUACGUCUCGAAUCGGGGAGUGCAGCAGCACGACCACGGCGGCCGCUCCACUUUCUACCGCAGCCCCGCGGGCCCCCCCGUCCCUCGCUCGCCCAUAUCUGCCAUGCCAUCAUGCUACCCAGAGUGGGGGGCUGCUGUCACGUGCGGCACACGCUCGCAGCCUGGCGUGGGACAGCGAGCACUUCAUGAGCCUGCUGCCACGGCCCAGUCACAGCCACACGCCAGCACGCCUGUCCCUGCAGGAGACGCGCCUGGCAAAGUGACCUGCGAGCCGCCUCUGACCACCGUCGGUAACUCCGAGGAGUCACCGUGGCGACGACGGAGCAACUUUGAGCCCCGCAUGCCUGAACCACCCGUGGACCUGGAUGACGCGGACCUGCCAGUGAGUGAGGUCUGAGCCGUUGAACUGGACAUUGAAACUUGCUGAUCUGGUUGGACAUUAACCGAGAUUUAAAGAGGAAACCACCGUGAUGUCGUGGCGCUUAAAAAAAAAAAGAAAAAAAAGAAAGAGGGGGCAAGCGUUGGUUUUCAUACCACAGCUGGCAGAAGACGAUAUACAACUCCUGUUUUGAGCUCCUCCGUCAGUGUGCUGAAGGUAAAAGUUGGGUCACCGCCACUGAACUGCACUCGUGUGCCAAAGACGACCCGGUCUCCACCCAAACCCCCUCUGCCUCCCCGCUGUUGCAUUUACGACGAUGUAUUUAUUUACCAAGAGUUGAUGUUGUCAAAACAAAACUACAAAUUCUAGUGAACGUGUGCCGAUUUAGAAUUCAGUGACGGAGCUUUUAUUUUAACCUGCACAGGCACAAUGAUGUGACGGAGGAUUUUUGUAAACCACUUUGUGCCAAGAAAAUAAGGGCGAGAGGGAGGGAGGGAGGGAGAGAGCAAACUGAGAACUGGCCUUUCAUCACCUCUUAUUUGCUAAUUUCACACUCGCUAUUGUAAGCCCCUGGAUUUGUCUACUGUUUGCCAGCGAUGGAGAUAUGGGGUCACGCCUACUCUGAGCUCAUAUUCUCUCUCUAAUGCAAAUUGCAAUUCAAAUAUCCUGAACUGUUCUAGGACGAGAUGCAAAAUCGUCAAAAUAUUUGUAUGUGACCUGUAAUAAUGCAACAGAAUUUUGUUGCCAAUCCUGUUCUCUUUAUUCUUUUAACGGAUCGGCGGGUUACGUUAAAUGAAAUAAAAGCGUCCUCCGUGUGAUUUAUAGUUGACUGUCGUUUACUUCAUGCUAAAGUAGCUUACAUGUACAUCUACAAUGAAUACUUGUUACAGUUGCUGGUGAAGUGAGAGUACUGUGCAUUUUGAAAGCUACAAGCAUCCCGUCACAUCCUAAAUCAGCCUCCUUUUUUAUUUUAUUUUUUUCCCUACACUCCUUGGACUCUUAUGACUCUGGGCGACGCGGGAAGUAAACAAGAAGUACGCUUUGUGUGCAUUUCAUAAGUCACAGUAAUAAAACGUCAACAAUGUCUGUUAUAGAUACGCUUCAUGUCCUGAUGCAUUGGGUAAUAACUGGCUCAGAUGAGUCGACCUGCAGUCCAUUUCUUUACAGAUGAGUACUGUAUGAACACCAUGCAAACAUUUUCAAUCAUUGUUUAACCGAACAAUAAUAAUCUGUGGGAACAUUCAUAAAAGCAUUCAAGCUCAGACACUCCCGUUGCAUGUUAACAUUUUAAUGGUUCCUCAGAUUCUCUUUCUGUUUUUAGUAAUAAUCUAAGGCCGCUCUGUGUGUGUUGUGUUUGCAGAAUCGAGCUGGCUGCAGCAGAUUUAUUUUUGAUAUGCUUUUAGAUGUUUCCUGAUCUGAUUCUGUGUACCUGUGUAGCCAACCCAGCAGCAGGCAGCUGCCUCCUGGUUUUAUUUAAAAAUGUCUCACUGUAGUCCUGAUAAAUAAUACACACUAAUGUUUUUUUUUAAGUGCCUGCUUCCUUUCAACCCAACCAAGUCAAGCAAUUUCACCCCUUUUCAUUCUGGUGUAAUUGGUUUGAAUUGUCUAUUUAUUAUGUGGAUGACUUGAAAGAAAUAAACACUGAAAAUGUG